AUGUCCACUCCUUCGUCGUCCGGCAACAUCCAGAAGCCCAAGAUCCUGUCGGAUUUGCCGCCCAUCUUCGCCUCGCUGCACGAUGCCAAGGUCAAGGCCAAGAUGACGUUUGCCGACAUUGCCGCCAAGAUCGACCGCGACGAGUGGUACGUCGCUGCCAUCUUCUACGGCCAGGCCAAGCCGGACGCCAGCGACGUCGCCAAGCUCAGCUCGGCACUCAACCUGCAGCAGCGCUACCUGGACGAAGCGUUUGGCGAGGACUACUUCCCGCACCGCGGCCUCGGCGACUUCCCCCCGCAAGACCCCGUGCUCUACAGGCUGUACGAGGUGCUCGUCGUGUACGGCUACCCACUCAAGCAUAUGAUCCACGAAAAGUUCGGCGACGGUAUCAUGUCUGCUAUCGACUUUGAAGGCCACGUCGAGAAAGUCAAAGGCAAAGCAGGCGAGGACAGGGUCAAAAUCACCCUCGACGGCAAGUUCCUCCCUUACCGUCGCUGGUAA